AUGGCCCCAAAUCGCAAGAAACUUUUAUUAAUUGGACGCAGUGGAAGCGGCAAAUCUUCAAUGCGAAGCAUCAUUUUUUCGAAUUACUCGGCAAUUGACACACAUCGCCUAGGAGCCACGAUCGAUGUCGAGCAUUCGCACCUGCGGUUUUUAGGAAACACAACUUUAAAUUUAUGGGACUGCGGCGGCCAGAACGUGUUUAUUGAAAACCAUUUGACCACUCAGCGAGACCAUAUUUUCCGCAUGGUUGAAGUUCUUAUUUAUGUGUUUGAUAUCAGUUCCAAGGAGGUCCCCAAGGACAUGGAGACCUUCUUGCGCUGUCUCGAGAACUUGCAAGAGUUCAGUCCCAAGGCUAAAGUGUUUGUUUUGUUGCACAAGAUGGAUUUGGUCCGUGCAGACCGUCGUGAUCAAAUUUUUGAAACCACAAUGGGGAAGAUUUUGGACACCUGUAAAGGAUUCGAUUUCAAGCUCACUGGGUUCGCAACUUCGAUCUGGGACGAAAGCUUGUACAAGGCAUGGUCCACAAUUGUUUGUUCGCUAGUGUCAAACAUGAGCAAACUGCAAGAAUACUUACAAGGCUUCGCUACCGCAAACAAUGUACGUGAGGUUAUCUUAUUCGAGCGGACAACGUUCUUGGUCAUUUCGCACAUUACUGCGCCUGAACUAGAGGAAAUGGCUGAUCCUAAACGCUUUGAGAAAAUUUCAAACAUUAUCAAGAGUUAUCGACAGAGCUGUUCGAAAUUGCGAUCGCAACUGCAAAGUAUCAUUGUAGAGUCUCACAACUGCAACGCAGUCAUUGAGGCUCUCACCAGCAAUACCUAUCUCAUGCUGGUCAUGAGUCCAGAGAACACAAACAAAAAUCUUGCGAUUUUGAAUAUUCGAGCCGUGAGGGAGAAGUUUGACGAAAUCGAACAGGCCGAGGCCGUCUAA